AUGGACCCGUUCCGCAACAGCAAGAGAAGUUCCAUAUCCUUUGGGAACUCCGCGCAGAAGAAGCAGCCAUUCCACACGAGCUACUUGGCCUCGCCGUACUCUGCGGAUCCGCAGGGGAACGACCAACCCCUCGACGGUGCGAACAAUCUCUACGCAACAAGGUCGCCGCUGUACUCGCCGCUGGAUUUUUCCAAUGGCAGUGGCACAGGGCCCUUUGCACCGCCCAUGGGGAAGGGAGGGAGCUAUGUCACCACGGGGAACCCCCAGGGGGGGAACUUUAUGAGUGGACAGGAACUCAUGAACAGUAAUGGUACCGGAUUGGGCCCAAACACAAGGACUUGCUCCUACCAGGAACAGUUCCCGUUGUUCGGUCUUGACUGGAGUAACGACGAUUUCGUGUGCAUGAGCUCCUACAAGGAGGACAGCAGGAACAAAAUCCAGGUGAUCCAGUCGCCCGACCUGCUGUCGUGGAACAACGUGGCACAGGCGGACGUCGUGUACCCGAUCAGUAAAGUUCAAUGGCUGCCCAGUCACUUGCAUCCGAGACAGUUCGCAACGGCGUCGGACUCCCUGCGCAUCUGGUCCCUGAAUGAGGACACAAACUCGCUGCAAGAACAGAUUAACUUGUCCCUUUGUAAGUACAAGAAGCAGAGGAACAACACGGCGGGGAAUAAAGUUAACUUGGCCGCCGCGGGGGGUUGUCUGAAGAACACUACGACCGCGAUACUCGGGGAGUUACCACCAGUCACUUCAUUCGAUUGGAACACAGUCGAUACAAACUUACUUGUUUCGAGUUCCAUUGACACGACAUGUAUCGUGUGGGACUUGCAAAGUCCCAAUUACGUGAAGACGCAGCUGAUCGCACACGACAGCGAGGUUUACGACGUACGGUUCCUGUCCCAAUCAACACACCUGUUUGCAAGUUGUGGUGGUGACGGCAGCGUCAGGGUGUUCGACCUGAGGUCCCUAGCGCACAGCACAAUAGUCUACGAACCGCCCGCGGGGGAAGGGACAGUCAACGACGUCACCGCGCAGAACAACGCUCUCCUAAGGCUGGAACCGUCGCUCAUGGACCCUAACAUAAUAGCAACGCUCGUUGCCGACUCGAAGGAUAUCCUCAUCCUGGAUAUGAGGAACCCAGAGUCCCCUGCCUUGACACUGAAGGGGCACAGUUCUCUGGUGAACCAGAUCAAGUGGCACCCUACGAAGAGGAAUGUUCUCCUGUCCUGCAGUGAUGACUGCCAGGUGCUCUACUGGGAUUUGAACACCGCGCUUGACGGGUCCACUCCGACGAGUUCAUCGACUUCUAUCACGGGGGAUACAGAUAUCAGCAUGGCCGGUACGGGAUAUGAGCAUGCCAUUGCAGACGAUACAAGGGGCAAGGUACUGGACACUCCGAACCUGUUCUAUGCCAACGAGUCGCAAGAGAUUAACAACAUCGCAUGGAGACCGCAGAGGGGGGACUGGUUUGGGUAUGUGUCAAGUAAGAAAUUCCAAAAUGUAAGAGUAUUUUGA